AUGGCAACUGAAGAACAGGCCACUUCUCAGCCCCUCUUCAAGAACAUUUCUGGUGACCUGGAUGACCUCGAGGCCACGGAGAUCGAGAGCUUGUGUGUGAACUGCGAGGAAAAUCCAGGAUUCCGUUCUUCAAGUCUGUCGUCAUCAGUUCCUUUGACUGCCCCCACUGUCACUAUACCAACAACGAGAUCCAGCCGGCCAGUGCCUUGCAACCACAAGGAUGUAUCCACGAGGUCGAGAUCAGGACGGAAAAGGAUAUGGACAGGCAAGUUAUUAGGACGAACUCUGCAUCUGUGCGUAUUCCAGAACUGGAUUUUGAAAUCCCUGCUUUCACUCAAAAAGGAUGAGGAAGAAGAUAUAGAAGAAGAAGAAAGUUUUCUUGAUCUGGAAGGGCUUAGGAAUCUUCAAACGAACAAGGAAACAGCAGAGAGCUCUAGACCGGAGGAGAUCAUGGAGUCAUCAGUUGAUGCUAACGAGUGGAGGUUAGAGGUCGAGAGGGUGACCCCAUCCCUAAAGGUCCACAUUAGAACAGAUAACAAGGACUGGAGAACACACGUGGAUCAGAUGCAUCUACACAAAGAUGGGAUUGAGACGGCUCUCUCAGAGACUAAGGGUUACCUUGACAAACUGCAAAAGGAGAUCACAAGGACGUUGGAGAAGAUAGGGAGCAGAGAGAAAUACAUCAACAACCAGCUUGAGCAUCUAUUACAGGACUUCAGAGGAACACAAGAUGGUUUAGCCGAGGUGAAGGAACAGUACAGGCAGGCUAGCGGCGGGGUGACAGAACGAACGAGACAACUUGCUGAAGUGACAGAAGAAUUGGAACGGAUAAAACAAGAGAUGGAAGAGAGAGGGUCAAGCAUGACUGACGGAUCUCCGUUGGUGAAGAUCAAGCAAGCUCUCCAGCGUCUGAAGAACGAGGUCAUCCAGAUGGAUGUCAGGGUAGGGGUCGUGGAGCAAAACCUUCUUCAAGCAAAGCUCAAAGACAAGACUAACAUGCAAAGGGAUAUGAAUAAACCCAUUGGAAAUGCAAAUGAUUAUGAUUAUUUAAAGGGAUAAACACGAUCGCAUCUAUUUUCAAGAAGCCAGAUUGAUGUCAGGGUAGGGGUCGUGGAGCAAAACCUUCUUCAAGCAAAGCUCAAAGACAAGACUAACAUGCAGAGGGAUAUGAAUAAACCAAUUGGAAAUGGAAAUGAAUAUGAUUA